UACAGUGGCCAUGAAAGAAUAAUUAAAAAUUUGAUUAUAACCAUUUUGAAUGAAUAUAACAUACGUCAAAAAACACAAUGUUCGCUAAUUCGAAUUAACAGUACCAAUGAAACGCAAGAACAGAAUGAAUAAAACGCAAAGUCCUGAGUGAGUCCGAAACGCAUGUUGAUUGUAGACAGGAAACUGGAUGAAUGGAAGUUCCGAUGACCGUAUGAACGAAAGAGCGAGAGAGAGAGAGACAGCAAGAGAAUUUGUUCACCCAGAAAAAAAAACAUGUUUGUAAGACAAGGAAAGAACGCUUCCGGUGGAGGACCCUUCGAGGUGGAAGAAAAUUCAGGCAUUCAUUCAGUGUACAGUUUUCAAGGCAUAAGCACGUGAAGUCACGAGUCUCUAUUUUCUGGUCAUCCGAAAAAAAAACGAGAUUCUUGGAAAUGGAUCCGGUGAGCUACCACAAUGGCGUGGUCACUGCUCCCCCAAGGAAGAAAAAGAAGACUAAAUUGAGCACAGCGUUACAAGAGCUUUCAAAAGCAAAUUCCAGCAAUACCCAUUUAGCUGAAGAGCUAGCCAAAGCCCAAGAAACCAUUCGCUCACUUCAAUCAAAUUUGUCGUCCACUGGGAUCGAGAACGAGGAAGUCAAUAGUGUUGAUUUUGAAAAGGACCUAGGACCAAGCAGCACCAAGCAAACAACUGGACGUCGCAACGAGGGCACGAUGGAGCUAUCUCGGUUUGUCUCUUCGAUAAACCAGAUGUCCGUGUCUUCAAUAAGCAUACCAGAAUGCAAGCCCACCGUUGAUAACGAAGAUAUUACUAGAGUGGAUUUUGAUGCGUGGCACGAUCUUUUAUCAAACUCGUUGUUAUUAUCAGGCAUCGAUGACGAGGCAACACAAUUCGUUGUGUUUAAAGUGAAAGCCGGUCAUAAACUUCUUGAGGUAUUUCGAGCAACAAAAUCAUCCGUCGAUGCUCCCAACGAGGAAACUCAUCCGUAUGCUAAUGCCAUGUUUCGUCUCAAGAAAUAUUUCGCUUCCACUUCCGACCUGAUGCUUCAACGCAGGAAGUUGGCACUAAUGACGCAACAUUCAAAUGAAUCAGACCUGGCAUUCAUUAGGAGAGUGGGCCUAGCGGCUAGGCAGUGUGAAUAUCCUGAAGAGAAACAGUUUGAGGAAAUCACCGGGAGGUGA